UCUAGAAACUGUUCAAGCAUGGUCUCUUCUAUUAUUUUUAAUUUCAAUAAUAACACAAAUCUUAAAUUAAACGAGAAAGCAGAAGAUGCGGAAAUUAAACAAUCUGAUAAAGUAAAAUCAACAAAAUACCAAAUAGCCAAUAUUUUCAAUCCAGAAGUGAGAUUCUCAUUUUACAGUGAAGAAUGUGAAGAUUUUUUUUGGGGUCUUAGAGUUAUGAUCAGAAUAAAGAGGGUGUAG